UAUUAAUCGUAAUAGCUGUUGAAGUAUGGUCAUUUUGAGUAAUUUAUGUAAAUAGUUCUUUAGAACGGUGCAUGAUUUGUCUUAAGUUUGACAUUAUAGACGGAGAUAUUUAUGGUUUCAUCAACUUUUGGGAGAUAUAUUACUUUGUAUUUGAUAAAUCGGCAUGUUUAUUGUAGGAUACAGGAAGUGUGUAUUUUAAUAUUUUGUUUACUUAGUUAUAUUGAUUAACUUUUAUAGCUUGUAACCGUCGCCCUCGUAUUUUGGGGUACAUGUUCAAAAGAAAAAGAAAAUUAUAAACAGUUUUCACGAAUCUAUUACGUCCCGGUCACAGUAUUAAUUAUGCACCUAUCAUUGUUUUCUCCCUGAGGGGGGAGUGCGGGCGACCCAGGGGACUUUGACAACACUAUGAAGCUCCAGUGAGGGGAAUUUGACCUAUGCAUCAACUCCACUGAGCUAUACUAUAUUACUGGAGGACCUGCUCGGCAUGAAAGAGUGUCGCCAAAAACAUGGCGGCGCUUACGCCAUUGCCAUGACUACUGGUCCGAAGUCUCCAUGGUAAUUGCCACUGACCAACCGCGAUCCGAAGCAUUAAACAAAGUCUUGCACCCCCCUGUUUUUUCCAUAUAUGUUUUUUCCGCCUUGGUUGUUCAGCAAACAAGCAUCGAAAAAUCAACAAAAAAUGCCUCAAUUUUGCUCUAUUUAUGGAUGCCACCAUGCUCUGGCAAAGGAAAAUAUUUCUUCUCACCGGUAAGAAUUCAUGAAAUACAUCUUUUCUUUGCUAUGUUGUAAAAAAAAAGUACAGUUCUGUUUAUUUGUAAAACAAAAAGAUGUUUUCAAAAAUAGACGUUUUAAUUGCAAAACAGUAGAUAUUUUAUAUUUAUAGUUAUUUUUACCUUGUUUAUUAUUUUGUUUUGUAGUUGUAGUUGAGUAGUUGCUAUACUUAUACAUCGUAGGUCCUUUACUGCAGUUUUUAUUACAGAAAAAAACCCUGUUUUACACUAUUUUUCACAAAUGCAAAAAGAAAUGGCGUCAUCAUUUAAUUUACAUAUGAAUAAUAUUUUCAUAUUAAUUUUUGUUUAAUGGCUUUAAUAUAUAUUUUAUAUGGUAUGAUGCAUUGCAUAGUGAAUUUAAGGGUUGCCAAAUGAUAUUUAGUAUAUUGUUAUAUUGUAAACGCAUUUUAACACUAUUUUUCACAAAUGCAAAAAGAAUGGCGUCAUCAUUUAAUUUACAUAUGAAUAAUAUUUUCAUGUUAAUUUUUGUUUAAUGGCUUUAAUAUAUAUUUUAUAUGGUGUGAUACAUUGCAUAGUGAAUUUAAGGGUUGCCAAAUGAUAUUUAGUAUAUUGUUAGUAUAUUAUAAACGCAUUUUAAAUUUGCAGCUUCCCAGAUGCAAGGAAAAACCCUGAAAUGUAUGCCAUAUGGGUUGAAAAUGCAAACAAGAAUUCACCAGUCAAGUUUGUUCCCACAAAAGGAAGUCGUAUUUGUUCAGGACAUUUCAACUCAGACAUGAUUGAAGAAGGUGGGAAAAGAGUGAUACUGAAGUCAUAUGCUGUCCCAACAAUAUUUCCAAACUUUCAGGUAUGUGCGUUUCUUUGUUAUGUUUAAUUACCAUGUCAUUUUGUUCUUUCCAUCUCCAGCCUGCUUAAAUGCAUUGUAGUUUCUCGUUCAGAGUUAUGGAAGGUUUAUUGGAUUGGGGGAAUAAUAGCAAAAAUUUUAAAAAGGUUUCAGGGAGUGGGCUAGCUACUCUGCAUGGGAGAGGUUUCUUAAGGGUGAGUGGGCCAACAUAAUUAGAAAUAAAUAGAGGUGUGGGCAUAUCUGAAUUUGAAAUAAAUUUUGAAAGACUCAAAAUCCACAUGUCGUGCAAUUUCUAAAAUACAAUAUGACAUUUUUCAUUUGCAAUGACAUUUUGUAUCUCAGGGUUUUUCUAUAUAUAGUUCCAGUUUGCCCUGUUUGUAUAAAACGUAGUGCACGUUUAUGCUCCUGGAGUAACCAUCCCCCUCCGGGACACCCCCGGGAAUUUGCCUGAUAGACAGGCUUUCUGGCAUCCUUGUGUAGAAAAGUAGGACAAAAGUAGGACUAGAAUUUUAGGAAAAGUAGGAAUAAAGUAGGAAAAUGUGUAGAAAUUAAGUAGGACAAAAGUAGGAGUUUUGGAGAUGCAAAUAACACAAAAAUAUACAAAAUUGGCAUGUGGUAAGCGGUAGACCAUUAGAUAUCUGAUGGGGAAGUUGUGUGAAUUUUUGGUGCUCAAUAUUUUUAUGUACUCAAAAAUUCAUCUCUGCACGAUUUUUUUCUCAAAACGUUUAAAUUGCAUCGGUAUAAUUAGCUAAGGCAUGUCUGCUCUGCAGCUGCAACACAAUUCAAAUGCAUGUAUUAGGAUACACAAUGCACCAAUCCACACUGCGGCAGGAGAAUAUAUCUGAGGACCGUAGGAAGCUCUUUUCGAUUCGGGGUGGGGGGGGGGGGGCUGAAAGCGAGCUAGGGUCGAAGGCCCGAGGAAAUUUUUUAAUUUAGAGUCUAACUAUAUAUAUUGGAUAAGUUGCAGGAAAGUAUGGGUAAAUUAGCUUCAUUCUUUAAUUAACCUGUGCCAUGUGCCAUUCUUUAUAACCUGUGAUAUUUUCAUGCUUUAUAACCUGUGCAUUUAUAACCUGUGCCAUUCUUUAUAACCUGACUGUGCCUUUUAAUAACCUAGCUGUGCCAUGCAAAUUUUAAUAAAUACAACUAUUAGUGGUAAAGGUUUAUGAUUUCAUUGUUAAUUUAAAUACUUUUAAUUAAGCAAGAUUCAAGUUUAUAUUAAAGUUUUAUAAUAUUCCAUUAUAGUAGUUAAAUACUAUGUUAUUAAAUGACCAUGCAAUUAUAUGCCAUCAAAAGUUUAAUUAACAUUUAAAAUCGCCCCUGGGGUGGGGCAUUUUCCACUCUAAGCUUCUGCCCAUGCAUGCAAGGGCCGGACAUUAGUCUUCAAGUUGUGUCCCGGCACCUGGGCAUUUACACUAUGGUAACCAAUCAAAUCAAAUUCGGUGCAGCCCUGGGAUGGUUACUCCUGGAAUUGACUCAUGCAUUAAUAUACUUUGAUCAUUUUAAAAUAUCAAGUGUUCAUAUUAUUUUAAAGGUUUAUUAAUCUAUCCAUAUUUGAAAUAGGAAAGACAUGUUAUGUGAUUAAUUUUGUAAACGAUGGCUCUUAUAGUUUUAUUGCAUAUUAUAUCAUGAUAAUAUUUUUCUCAUAAUUAAUAAUAUUAAAAUUAAUGCAACUUUAAGUGAAUAAUACAGAGCUUGAGGGUAACGGGCCAUGAAUUUGUGUCGAUGCAUGCAAUGACUCUGGGAUGGACUGCAAAUAUAAUUCAAAAACUCAUUAAUAAUUCAUGAAGCAAUGAUCCAAUCUUGAGUAAGAAAUUAGUCACGUGCAUAUACGUCUUUAUACCAGCUAAAGAACACUUUAACAAAAGACCAUUGUUAUGCAAACUAUAUAAAGAUUUUUAUAUAAAGAUUUUUAUAUAAAGAUUUGACUUAUUAUGCAAACGUUUUUGAAGCCUGCAUUUAAAAAACUCGCAGGUCGUGUUUUAUUAGGUCUAAAGCCACUCGCGCUGCGCGCUCGUGGCUUUAAACCUAAUAAAACACUCCUGCUUGUUUGAAAAUACUAUAAAUCGACAAUGCAAAAUUACUGGCCUGCCCCCCCCCUAAAUUAUAAUGAUCGAAUGAUAUAACAGUCCCUAUAAUAAAGACAGUACAGUCCGGCAGAUGAGCUUGAUUGCUGAUUUAUGCUCAAAACUUUGCCUUCUUAUAGCAAUUACUUGUGGCAUUCAAAAGGGUGAACCAAAACCAAAACUAUGAAAUUGAAUCCUUAAAACCUAAUCUAUAGAUUGAGUAACAAUAUGUGAUCUUAAUCUGAUCUACAGUAGAUUAUUGCAUGAGCUAGUGUUCAAAAUUUCUCAGCAAUGUGAACCAAACAGUAGAUUAAUACUAAAUAAAUGUAUAAUGCAACCCUAAAUGCCCAAUAAUAUAUAAUGGAGUGACUUAAAUUAACUGUAGAAAUUGAUUCCUUUAAAAAUAAUGUGUUGUCCUGUAACCUAGCUGGUUGGUACAGUACCAUCAUGCAAGGCUGCCAACGUAAUGGGGAAAUACCCCCAGCUCUCUUUCAGUUCAUACCUAAAUCCUUUAAACUCAUUAAGGUGAAAUGUGCCCAACUAAUUAAUGCACCCCAGUACUUUAUUAUUUUACUCCAUCUAACAUCAGACAAUUUCACUCAUGUGAAGGGAUCAAGAGUCUAAAUGUACAUCAAUGAGUUUAUACGUACUAUUUAAAACACAAGAAGGAGUGUUUUAUCAUAUUUAAAACGCGAGGCGCAGUACAUAUAAAAUACGACUACAAAAGAAUACUAAUUAAGAUGCACAAUUAUAUAAUCAUACUAAUUAGGAUGCACAAUUAUAUAAAGAAUACUAAUGAAGAUGAGUUUUAUCAGAUAUAAAGUCACUCCACGUGACGUAUUAUGGCUGACAUGAUUUGCAACAAGGUUUAUGAAUUUUUAAUGAGUAUUUUAAAUAGUACAUAAAAGCUUGUUAGACAUAUACAACAUUUGCAUCACUGUCUAUGCAUCAGUAAUGGAAAAUGCAAGCUUUGAGGUUAGAAUACUAUCAAUGUAAACUAAAUAUAUGGCGAACUAAUUGCCUUUUGCCUUAUAGCCAAUUGGUAGAAUUUAUAUUGGUCUUGCAUGCGUGUACCAUUCAAGUUCAAAUAUUUACAACUAAUAUUCGCAAGAGACCAACCAGUUCAAGAAACUGAAUAAGAUUAUAAAUAGAGCCACACUUCACUUUGUUAUCAUCAGAUAGGUUAAUUAGGCUAGAUAAGAAUCAUAAGAUCUAUAAAGACAGAUAUAUAUAUAUAUAAGGCUUACUAAUUAGCCUUAAUUAAUUAACAUAAAUAAAUUAUUUAAUAAUAAUUCGAUCAUUGUUUAAAUUUUUCAGGUAAUAAAGAAUGGACAAGCAGGUAUUGAGAAAGUCUUAAGUCAGGAUGUUAUAGAAGUAGAAAAGUUCCAUGGUAUGUCAUAUGAAAAACAUAAUUUAGUAAAAACAGUGAUAAAAAAUGAAGAUAAAGCAUUAAGUUUGCAGGUGGUUAAUGAAAAAAUAGCUAUCAUGGAUAGUGUGAAUAUGCAGGUAGUGACUGAAGAGGUAACUACCGAAGGCAAUGUAAGUAUAUUAGGAGUAAAGAGAAAAUAUACGGAUGAAAUAGAGAUUUAUCAAGAAUGUAUUUCAAAUGAGGUAAGCGUGUCUCCAAAAAGAGCACGUACGAUCAGUUCUUUUGAUGAUCACCCAUAUUGUAUGAAGUCUCCUCAUAGAAUGAAAAGGCAAGUUGAUGAUCUUAUAGAUAAAGUUGAAAAUUUACAGAAAAGAUUGAAGACAUCUCAGAAGAAAACCAAUAGAAGAGAUAAAAAGGUCAGCACGUUGACUUCAGUGGUAAGUGAAUUGAGAGAAAAAAAUCUGAUCAAUAGCGAUUGUGCGACUAUUCUAGAAUCAACUUUUUCUGGAGUUCCAAAGGAACUUAUGAAGAGGUUGGUGACACAAAAGAAAAAGAAAAAUCUUGGGGCGUAUCCACCUGAGCUAAGGUCAUUUGCCCUGACCUUGAAAUUUUAUUCAACUAAAGCGUAUAACUAUGUGCGAAAAAGUUUUGAUUUAGGGUUGCCACAUGUAAACGUGAUUCGGUCAUGGUAUAGUUCGAUGAAUGGCGAGCCAGGUUUUACAAAGGAUGCACUGACAGCAUUGAAAGCCAAAGUUCUAGCUGCAAAAAGGGAUAAUCAAGAAGUUGUUUGUGCACUAAUGCUCGAUGAGAUGGCCAUACGCAAGCAUGUCGAAUGGGAUGGUAAGCAGUUCCGUGGUUAUGUUGACCUUGGGACAGGCAUCAAUGAUGACUCGCUGCCCGAAGCAACAGAUGCUCUUGUAUUUAUGGCGGUGGCGGUGAAUUCCGGUUGGAAAGUACCAUGCGGAUAUUUUCUAGUGAAUGGUCUUACUGGAGAGCAGAAAGCCAACUUGACCAAAGAAUGCAUAACCAAGUUGCACGAAGCAGGGGUGAAGGUGGUGUCUUUUACGUGUGAUGGUCCCACGUCUCACCAGGCGAUGUUGAAAUUGCUCGGCGCUCAACUGUCACCUGAUAACUUGCAAGCGUACUUCCAACAUCCAUGUGACCCGAAAGCCAAGAUCUACAUCUUCCUAGAUGCUUGUCACAUGAUAAAGUUGGUAAGAAACACCAUGUCGGACUGGAAGGUCCUAAAGGAUAAGGAUGGCAACGCCAUCAAGUGGCAAUUCGUGGAGGAAUUGCAUAAAUUACAAGAGUCAGAGGGCUUACAUCUUGCCAAUAAGCUCCGAUCCGCUCAUAUCAAGUGGAAACCGCAGAAAAUGAAGGUAAAUCUAGCAGCACAGGCACUCAGUUCGAGUGUUGCAGAUGCCUUGGAGUAUUGUGAAGGUAAGCUGAAAUUGCCGCAAUUUCAAGGGUGUGGUCCAACAGUUCAAUGCAUUCGUGUUUUUGAUCAUCUUUUUGAUGUUCUGAAUUCCAGGAAUCCGUUGGCGAGAAAUUUCAAGGCGCCAAUUAGAAGGUCAAACUAUCAGUACACGAAGAGGUUUCUCGAUGAGGCAAGUGAGUACAUUCGAAAUCUGAAAGGUCCAGCUGGCCAGUCGAUCCUUACGUCAAAAAGGAAAACAGGAUUUCUUGGUUUCCUUUUGUGCAUCAAUGCUGUUGUGGGAUUAGCAGAAGAUCUCGUUAAUGCGGCGAAUCCUGUCCUGAAGUAUCUUCUGACGUACAAGAUGAGCCAAGAUCACUUGGAAUUAUUCUUUUCAGCUGUGCGAGCUUGUGGUGGGUGGAAUAAUAAUCCAACAACUCGCCAAUUCGUAGUAGCAUACAAGCAACUGCUGAUGAGGCACAACAUCGAAGGAGGACGUGGAAACUGCACUCCUCAAGAUGAUACGGAGAUAUUGAACAGUGUCCAGGAUCAACAUGAAAUCAACUCCGUACCUACUGGAAUUUCUGAUAUGGCAAUUGCAAGGAGAUACGACUUGGAGUUGAGACAGCCAACUGCAGACGAUCACGACUACUGUGAUGUUUCGAACGCCAUGGAACUAUCUGAGUACAAAGAGGCGGCCAUAUCGUAUAUCGCUGGGUAUGUGGUGAAGAUGGUGGAGAAAAAGAUCCACUGUCCGCAAUGUCUAGCAGUGUUGACAACGAGCAAAGGAAGCAUUCCAGAUUUAUUCGUAACAUGGAAAUCAAAUGGAGGCCUCAAACUGCCAUCACUCGGCCUCAUUAAAAUAUGCGAAGAAACAGAGAAGUGUGUGAUGAGAAUGCUAAAUGUAAAUGGAGGUGGUUUACCGCAUGGCGCUGGACUUUCAAGUGCGAUUGCUACGACAGUGUUAUCAGUCUGUGUUGGAAGCGGGGUCUUUAGUACGUUAGACCAACACAUGUUUGAUUCGACUCCAGGAAACAACCAUGUUUUUAAGUUGAUUAAAUGCUGCUGCCAGAGUUACGUGACGAUCCGAAUGCACCAUUUGAGCAAGACGAGAAAUGCAGGAAUGCACGACAAGGUAGUACGUAAACAGUUUUCAAAGCUUGUGUUAUUCAAACACCAGUAGUUUUCAGCCUGGGCACAACUGUGCUUUCGAGGUAAUUGCCCG